GUUUGUACUAAGAAUUACGAUGGUCAAAUUUACCAUCUCUACCAAUGACCCGUUAUUGAACUUAUAAUCUGAACAAUAGUAGAAGCUACUUCACUUUGAGCAACAUAAGUAAAUAUAGAUUUUUCUUAGAUAAAUUAUGUCACCAGUCAGAGUUGAGCUUGUGCCAAAUUGCAGAAAUUCCAAAGCCUACCAGGCAAAACGAGCAAAAUCCAACCUCCAAAAGCACACAUUUCAAUAAACCCUAACAUUUACCAAUGGCUAACCCCAUCCCAAUAUCGGAUCAGGUUUCUCUUCUCUCACACACUCAUUGAAACUGUCAACCAUCCAAUGAACUCUCUCUCUGUAGUCUUGGAUUAAAAAAUUGCACUAUAAAACUUGCUCCAUGUCUUGAAUUUGGUAUGAAGAUCAACAGGAUCAAUGAAGCUGACUUUUUUGAGGUUAGCUUUCAUUGUUGGUUAAUGGGUUCAUCUGGGUCUGGUAUUUUUGAGUUUUAACCUUGUCAUUGCAAAUAUUUUGACUAUUAAGGCUUUUACAGUUGUUGGUUUGAUGGGCUUAUCUAUGUUUUUCAUAAUCUGCAUUCUCCAUUCAACAAUUGCAAUAACAUGUGGGUCCUUGAUAAUGUUCUUUCUUCAAGAGAUAUAUGUACUUGGUCAUGGUGUUGAAACAGCUCAAAAGCUUUCUGGAUCAACUCCACACGAUCAAAUGUUGAUCCAGAUUUCAAAUUCGUUUGGUGGGUUACUUCUGUUUGCAGUAGGGUUUCUACUGUUCAUGGUUGCCUUCGUGAAGGACAGAGAGUUUCAGAGCUUCUUCGCUAAGGGAUGUGUGCUUCUUCAUGCUUCAAUGGCUUGUUGGAGGGUUUAUUUUGAGAGGAGGCUUGAGGAUUUGGCUUGGGAUUGGCCAAGGCAGAUGGUUGGGGAUUUUCUGCUAGGACUUUCUUGGGUGUUCUUCCUACUGCACAGUUGGAGAGAAAAAUAUGAUUAGCCCAAGAAAAUAUUUUAGUUUCAAUCUUAUAAUCAUCUAUAACAAAACCAGAGGUUUCCCUGGUAUGUCAUGGUGUCUCUGUCAAAUCCCUUAGUAUCUUCUGUCUCUAACAACAA